AUGAAUAAUAAUGAAAAACAAUACGAAGAUGAUAUCUUGAACGAUGAUUUGCCUGGAAAUAAUGCAAGAUACAAGCUGAAACACCGUAAUGAUGUACGAUUAAAUUACGAUUCAGAUUCAUCACUUGAAGAUUAUCGUGAUGAUCAAGAAGAUAAGCGAAUAAAUGAUAACGAUAAAGAAGAGGAAUCCAAUGAUGAUAUGUUUGCGAGUGAUGAAGACGAUAAGGAUGGGGAUGAUAAGGAGGAUAGAAUAAAAGAUACAGAAAUUGUAGACGGUUUGCAACAUACUGAAGCAUUUGAAAAAGACGAAUUUGAUAAUCCUAUAAACGACAACUACAAACUCAAUCCAAUUUAUGAAAGUGAAGAUGACAAUGAAAGCAAUGAAGAUAAUAAAUCCGGCCAAAUUAAUAAAACAAAGAUUGACUAUUAUACAAAUAUAGAGCAUAUGGACUAUGUUGAGAGCGCAGCCCACUUAGCUAAAAAUAAACUGGCACCUAAAAUAGAAGCUUUCGAUCUUCACGAAGAGACAGAUGAAGGAAAUUUCGAUGAAAAUGGUAAUUUCAUUAGAAAUAAUUACGAUGACGAUGAUGAUAAUCAAGAUGAAUGGAUGGAUUUGAAAAAGGGCGACAUAGAAAGGGCCAAAAAAGCUCAAUUGGAAAGAAAUAGAUUAGACAAAGAGCGGAGGAUGAAAGAAUCGGCAGACGAAUUCAUACCAAUAAAUAGAAUAUUGUCUGAUCUAAUUGAGUUGUUAGAACCUGUCGAAACACCUAUGGAGGCAUUAACAAGAUUUUCUCCGCCUAAGAAAUCCAGGUCUAAGAAGAAAGUUCAUAAUAUCGAAAAGGAUCAAGAAAGGAAAAAGAUAGUUAUUCGGCUUACAGAUUUGUGUGAUAAAUUGAUCAAUAAGAAGGGCGUCGUUGAUGCUUAUGAAUUAACUAGGGAAGAAUUGAUGAGAAGAUAUAAACAAGAGACAGGUAAUGAUUAUAACCAGGAAUCGCGAGGACAUAAACGGACAAGAGAAGAUUAUGAGGAUAAUAACGAGAAUGAUGAUUAUGGCGAUAGAAUUUGGGAAUUCAAAUGGAUUGGACAGGAUGAAAUCCAUGGUCCAUAUUCUGAAUUUGAAAUGUAUCACUGGUCAAAAGAUUACUUCCAGGAUAGUGUUGUAGUACGAAAAAUUGGUGAAACGGGGUUUAAGCCAAUUAUUAACGUUAAUUUCGAUUUAAAUAAUAUAUCAUGA